AGGCUCCUUCCAGUUCACAAGUCUGAGAAGACGCAUGAAGAAGUUCUUGCUUCAACAGUGAUUGAACGGAACUCCUCUGCCUUCGUCCCGCAUUAUAGAACAUUCCGGAUUAAUGACAUAGCACUUACUUGAACUGUAAUAGCAAAAUAGUCGAAGAAACUCUAUUUUUGUACCGUUCAUUUAGAUAUUAAAGAAAAUCUGCCGAAAUGGAGUCUCAGAUACGCCAGAACUAUCACCACGAUUGCGAAGCUGCUAUCAACCGGAUGAUCAACUUGGAGAUGUUUGCCUCCUACACCUACACUUCAAUGGCUUUCUAUUUCUCCCGUGACGAUGUGGCUCUGCCUGGCUUCUCGCAUUUCUUCAAGGAGAACAGCAACGAGGAGCGGGAGCACGCCGACAAGCUACUCUCCUUCCAGAACAAGAGAGGUGGACGCAUUUUACUCCAGGACAUCAAGAAGCCAGAACGUGAUGAGUGGGGCAAUGGGCUGGAGGCCAUGCAGUGUGCUCUGCAGCUGGAGAAGAAUGUGAACCAGGCCCUGCUGGACCUGCACAAGAUUGCCUCUGACAAGGUUGACCCCCAUCUGUGUGACUUCCUGGAGACUCAUUACCUGAAUGAGCAGGUGGAGGCCAUUAAGAAGCUGGGUGACCACAUCACCAACCUCACCAAGAUGGAUGUUGUCAAAAACAAGAUGGCAGAGUACCUGUUUGACAAGCACACCCUGGGAGGCCAGAGCUAAACCAAUUCCAACACUGCUGUGACAUUGAUGUUUCUGUUCACAACACUACUGUAUUGGAGGCAAGGCUUCUUGUAAAACGAUAAAAAAAUAUCACAUAAGUUUGUUGCUGUUUUCUAAGUGUUGACCUGUAGUAAUGGAUGUUGUAUCAGUCUAUUGAGGUGCUGAGAAGUGGUCUGUGGUCACCACCUGCAGAACCACUCCUUUAUUGGGGGUGUCUUGCUAAUUGCCGAUAAUUUCCACCUAUUGUCUUUUCAAUUUGCACAACAGCAUGUGAAAUUUGUUAAUCAGUGGUGCUUCCUAAUUGGACAGUUUGAUUUCACAGAAGUGUGAUUGACUUGGAGUUACACUGUGUUGUUUAAGUGUUCCCUUUAUUCUUUUGAGCAGUGUAUAUAAAAUAAUGGGUUUUGA